AGAAACGAACUCAGCGAUGUUAAGAAACAAGAUGCCCUAUAUGGAUAUCAAAACUGUCUUGUUCCAAAGGAUCAGUUAACUGAUACUACCUUUGAUAGAAUACAUAGUGCACGGUUUCAUCAUAUUACACAAGAACUUUUUAUUGAAUUACAAACACUAAUAAGCCAAAAUGUGUCUAAGUUAGAAAUUAAAGAACGAUCUACCAAGCAAGUUAUUAAUGAUAUCAUCUCAUGCUGGGUAACUAUAGCAGAUGGCACGGUAUAUUGUUUUAAAAUAAAGCUAACCAAAGAUGAUUUAAACCAUCUUCAACAUCUACUUGUAGAAGAACAUAGCAUGUUAUUAAAG